UUUCCUCAGUCGAGUUGAUGAUCUGUGUUUACCAGUGAGAUCAGACGCGCAUCAUGUGGCUAUUCAAGUACAUCGCAUUUACGUUAUUUGUACUGAUUGAGUGUAAGAAGUUCAGGUUCGACUACCCGAACUAUGACAGCGAGGUGGAUGGCUGGUUCAAGUUCCACCGCAUACCGGCCGUGUGGCGGGACGCGAGGCUGCGCUGCAGGAUGGAAGGAGCAGUGCUGGCGUCCCCAAACGACUUCCCACUGCUGGGCGGGCUAAAGCGAGUGAUCGCGGACAACGUCGGUACAUCUCGUGGGGUCUACCUCGGUGCCAACGCCAGGUUCUCUAAGGGUGACUUCUCCUCUAUCGCAGGAGUCCCCCUCGCCCGAAUGCCGGUGGACUGGCUGCCCAACGAGCCGGACAACCUGGAUAACAACGAGGAGUGCCUGAUGAUGAUGAGUAACGGCAGUAUCGCCGACGUCUCCUGCUCCAGGGUGCUGCCCUACGUCUGCUACAAGAAGAGCACCCCUGAUAUGUUGAUCAACGACUGCGGGACUACUGAUAAAGAAUACAACCUGGAGCCCCGCACCGGCAGCUGCUACAAGUUCCACCGCGUCUCUCGCACCUGGCCUCGGGCCUACAUGGCCUGCACGGCCGAGGGCGGCCACCUCGCCAUCAUCAACAGCCAGCAGGAGGCCCUGGUCCUGAAGGAGAUCUUUGCCAAUAACUCGCCCGCCCAGGUCAGCAUCAACUCGAGGGAAACCAUGCAUAUCGGUAUCCACAACUGGAACGAGAGAGCGGACUGGACUACUAUAAAUGGUGAACCGAUCCCGGAGCCAGAGCAUCACGUGUACUUCCAGGGGCAGCCGGACACGGAGGAGUUCUGCGGGGGGAUGAUGCGGGAUGGAGAGCUGGGCUACUCCUGGUGCGGGGUGAUAAGACCCUUCGUCUGCGAGAUGAAGCCUGAUAGCCUGCAGCAGGAGAUCAACAAAUAAUAAAUAAACAAAUCUUUUUUUAACUUACAUUUUAUUCUACACGCUAAUCUUACACAAUCAC